GAUGGAAGUCCGCUGUUCGGGUAUUGAAACCCUACGCUCCGAGUUCCUCGAUUUCAGUGCCAUGGCGUCGCUGGACGACGAGGGCGACAAUGCGAUCGGGCAAAAGGUGAAGGAUAUGUACUACGAGAUCAUCAAUGGACGAGGAGGGAAGAGGUCCUAUGAAGAGGAUGCCAAUGAGGUGGAGGAGAAGAAGCACGUGAAAAAGCUGAACAAACGAAGGGCCAAGGAGCUGAAGAAGCAACAGAAGAAGCUGGAGGACGAGAUGGCCAAAGCAGAUUCGGAUGAUGAGAUUCCCUUCUUCAUGCAGGAUGCCUCUAUCAAGGCCGCCAUGAGGGAACGUGCUGAGGAGGAAGCCCGGAAGAACAUGAGCAGCUCCUCAUCCUCCAGUUCUUCGUCCGGGAAGAAGAAGAAAAAGAAGGACAAAAAAAAGAAGAAAAAGGACAAAAAAAAGAAAGACAAGAAGAAAAAGAAGAAGAAGGCCAAGAAGUCCUCCUCCAGCUGAGGACGGUUUCAGGCGAGGAUCAGGUCGAAGAAAAGAGAAAAAGUCCGGAGUUGGGCCGUUUUCGGUGUGUCAGGCUGUGUGGAAACGAGGAUUGCAGGGCUCAGAACGCAUGCAAACACAUGUCAGAGGCCUGGAGGGGUUCAUAAACCACCCGAACUGGGUCAUGCUAAAACAGUCACAGCUGGGUGAUCGGAGUUGUGACUCCAAAUCGGAGUUCAAAAAACCACCUCCACGGGGCAUUUAGCUGACUUGCUGUACAUGACGGAUAUCCUCGCUUCACCACAAAACGGCGCGAUUAAAAAGGCAUGUUCAAUAGACAUCUGCAGUUUUGUGCAUCCAAUUGUGCGAGAACCAUAAAGAAUUUGAAUCUUGGCCUUGAUACGGCUGAGCGGUUUGUCAUACCUUGGUCUCAAAGUGGAGGACCUCUCACACGACCUGGUGCUGGCGAUUGCUCUCGCCGACCAAGAUUGUCCUCCAAAGUACAAUUGAAAGCAGGCAACGAAAAAGAACCCGCCAAAUAAAUCCAAAUUAUGUCCAAGUUAGUUCAAUGAUGAUUCCAUCAUUGAUGAGGUCUAGAGUCUAUACCCGUGUUUUCCCAACUGUAAGCUCUCCCAAGUCAGUGCAUCCACUGUGCAGUCGCCAUCGUGAAACCUGUGGCGUGCUUGAAGACCAAAACCGUUUCUCCAUGUCUUCGCGUCCUGUUCGCAGCUUUUCUUGGAUAGAACCAGGUCACGAAGAAGACCUACUCAGCAAGAGGUUGGAAGGAUCCCAG